AUCAAUACUCGAUCAAAUAGUAGCCUUCCUAGAAACACUCGCAAAGGCAGUUAUUCGACAUCCCCUCCAGAUCCUUCUUCUUCAUCCUCUCAUCUCCUUCCGCUUCAUCAACAUCAUCCGCCCAUCCAUCAUCGGCACCUUACCUGCCGCGAUUCGAGGAUGCAGCUGUGUCCGAAAGAGCUUGACAAGUUGGUCAUCUCCCAACUCGGCCUUUUAGCCCAACGCCGCCUGGCCAGAGGUGUGAAGCUCAAUCAUUCCGAAGCUACCGCCCUGAUUGCCAACAACCUACAAGAACUCAUUCGUGAUGGCAAUCACACCGUCGCCGAUCUCAUGUCCAUGGGCAAGACCAUGCUCGGUCGUCGCCAUGUGCUUCCCUCGGUCGUCUCCUCCCUAUCUGAAAUGAUGGUCGAGGGAACAUUCCCCACUGGCACAUAUCUCGUCACUGUACACAAUCCUGUUUGCACCGACGAUGGAGACCUCGCCAAGGCCCUCUACGGCUCAUUCCUGCCUGUUCCUGACAAUGAAAUGUUCCCACUGCCUGACCCAGCCGUGUAUGAAAGCACAAACCAACCCGGCGCCAUUGUAGCAGUCAAAGGGAAGUCUGGCACUAUCAGUCUGAACCAAGGCCGAAAGAGAAUCAAGUUGAGGGUUAGAAGCACAGGCGAUAGACCGAUACAGGUCGGAUCUCAUUAUCACUUCAUUGAAACAAAUCCACAGUUGGAGUUUGAUCGUGUGCGUGCUCAUGGCUAUCGUCUUGAUAUCCCUGCUGGCACAUCGGUACGUUUUGAACCUGGUGAUACUAAGACGGUCACUUUGGUACAGAUCGCCGGAAAUAAAAUCAUUAAAGGGGGUAACAAGUUAGCAUCUGGCUUUAUUGAAGAUAUUUCCAUCGCGCAGAGUAUAAUGGAGAGGAUCAAAGAAGGGGGCUUCUUACACAAGCCCGAGCCCGUCGGCGAUGCAGCGCACAUCGACAUGUGCACUAUGGAGAGACAAGCAUACAUCAGCAUGUUCGGGCCAACAGCCGGCGAUCUAGUGAGACUCGGUGCAACGGAUUUGUGGGUCAAAGCGGCAAAACCAUAAG